GAGCGAUUAAGUAGGAAGUGAAACUGAGUUGAAAGAACACACGUCUUUUCCCAAUUCUUUACAUUGAUCAAAGGACACAGUAACAACUCGGAGCUUCACAGAUCUGGCUACACAGUCAACAGAAUGAAAGUGUUCUUCACCCUCCUGCUCUUCAUAUUGACUUUGGCCAACUUGAAGCCUUCCACAGCUGCUAAGAUAAUGGUAAUCCCACCAAUCAUGUUUGAAAGUCAUUUGCAAAUAUUUAAAAUGCUGGCAAAGGCAUUACAUGGGCAGGGGCAUGAGGUGGUCAUCGUGGUGUCAAGAGGGCGAGAAAUUGAGGAAUCUCCUUACUACAGGUUUCAGCAGUACUCUGGUAUGUUCACCACCCAAACGGCUGAUGACUUCCUGCAGGAGAAGAUGAAGAAUAUCUUCUCGGGGAAGUUAACAGCACUGGAACUCUUUGGCAUUUUGGACCGUUAUGCUGCCAACUGUGACCAUAUGGUGGGCAAUCGAGACCUAGAGGACCGGCUGAGGCAAGAAAAGUUUGAUCUGCUGUUGGUUGAUCCCAAUGAAAUGUGCGGCUACAUAUUUGCGGAAAUCCUGGGUGUAAAACACGUUACGUUCUCCACUGGUCUGUGGUUCCCAGCAGAGCUCGGUGCUCCUUCCCCAGUUUCUUAUGUUCCAGAGUUUAACUCCCUAAUGACUGAUCGGAUGAAUCUCUUGGAGCGUGCUUGGAACAGUUUGAUUUACAUUGUCAGCAGAAUAGGCACCAGGUGUGUCAUCCUUCCAAAAUAUGAUGCAAUUCUGGAGAAACACAGUAUGAAGCCCUCCAGGUCCAUGCUGGAGCUUGUCCAGGGUUCCAGCAUGUUUCUUCUCUGCACUGAUAUAGCUCUGGAAUUUCCCAGACCCAGUCUACCGAGCAUUGUUUUUGUGGGUGGGAUCCUCACAAGGCGUGCAAACCCAUUGCCAGAAGGCCUGACCACUUGGGUUGAAGAUGCACCUGAAGGAGUUGUGGUGGUUUCAUUUGGUGCUGGAGUUAAAUAUCUUUCAGAUAAUUUAACAGAAAAACUAGCAACUGCCUUUGCUCGGUUACCAUACAAAGUCCUCUGGAGGUUUUUUGGAAAAAAGCCAAGAUCCUUGGGAAACAAUACAAAGCUGAUGGAGUGGAUACCGCAGAAUGACUUGUUGGGUCAUCAAAAUGUAAAGGUAUUUUUGAGCCAUGGGGGCCUGAAUGGAAUCUAUGAGUCCAUCUAUCAUGGUGUCCCAGUGGUAGGGAUUCCAUUCUUUGGAGACCAUUAUGACAUCAUGACGAGAAUACAUGCGAAAGGAAUGGGGAUUUUCCUAUCCUGGAGCACAAUGACUAAAGAGGAUAUUUAUCAAGCCAUUGUCACAGUGGCCACAGAUCCAAGGUACAAGAAGCAGGCUAUGUAUUUAUCCAAAUUGCAUCAGGACCAGACUCUUCACCCAGUGAACCGCACAAUCUACUGGCUGGACUAUGUUUUGAGGCACGAUGGAGCAGCACAUCUGCGCCCUACCCUGUAUGACAUGUUCUUCUAUCAGUAUUACAUGCUUGAUGUGGUAGCUGUGUUUAUUGUGUGUGCAAUAUUACUUUGUUAUUGUUUUUUGAAAAUGAUGAGGAAACUGAAAGGAAGUGUUUUGCCAAAAGUUAAAAGCAGCCACCAUCAGAAUGGCUUUCAAAACAGAAAGAUUGUAUCAGAGAGCAAAAAGUGGAAAUAAAUCACUUCACCAUUCUCAUCAGAUUAUAAUGGGAAACAUAUCUAACUGGGUUUCUUACACUUGAAACUAAGUUGCAGAAGUAUUUUGAUAGCCUAAAGCUAAUGUGAGAUUUUAAGCCAUGUAUGUUAUUUCUACUGAAUUUUUUAUAAUGAAGAUCUAUCUUUAUAAAUUGGUAUGGAAUUUGUAUGUAGUUUAGAGUAUAAUGAUAAGACAUUAGCCAAACUAAUGUGGCAUCUUUUUGAAAUUCCAGCUGUGCAUUCCUCAUUUAACUUUGCCUUGUCUAAAGCUUUGAUACUGCCCUGUGAUGCCAACAAGGCCCAUCCAUCCCUUAGUUACCAUGAGAAGGUGGUGGUCAUUUUUCUCUUAGACUAACAAAAAUACUGCUCCCAUGUCAGAGGGCAUUGAGUUACACACAGGCCCAAUGAAGUGGCUAGAUUCCUAAAGGACAUUCAUGAACUAGUUUUACAACAGUCUACCAGUUUUCUUGGUUAUGUCUAGUAUCACCCCCACAACUUACCCAUUAUUGAACUCAGUUUCUAUGGUAGAAUCUAAACUCCCAAUGUUCGGGGUUCUAAAUCAGGAUCAUAAUCAUUCCAUUAAUACAUUAAUUUCCUAGUUUUGCCUCCUGUAAACUGUCUCUCAACUUGCCUCUACAGUCUUAACCAGUCUACCUUAGCUUAUGUAGGUCCUGUGCAUAAAUUAGCAUUGUCUGCACUGUUUUGACUAGACUUUCUUGUCUGGUCUACACGUUGACUAAGCUCAGUAUUCUGCCUUCCCUUCAGGAGAGGAGGGCCAAAGAGAAAAUGAGUCAUGGAAGAGGGAAAAAAAGCAUGCUCCAGUGCAAGUACCACUUAAUCUGCACUGCUUUUUUCUACAAGGAUUUUUUGAGAGGUAGUUUGGAGGAGGGGAAGCUCCAAGUGACGGAAUUCUCUGAGUUGUGUCAAUCUUUGCAGCACCCUCCAGGGUAGGAGUCUUAUUAAUAAUGGAAAGGUGUCACUAUUUGCAGGGGCUCCCCCACACAAUGUCUGAAAAUCACUUUUACAGGCUAUUCUAUUUCUCAUGUGUAUUCCAUUCCCUAAUCAGGACAUAGUGUGCUGAUUAAGCAAGAUUUGAUUGAAGUGAAACUUCACUAUACAUGCCAAAGAAAACCACUUUACCAAGCAGAAUGAUUAUUUCACAGCACAAAGUUGGUUGGUUUUGCUCCCUUUGAAUCUGCAACUGGUCCAUUCAGACAAGUGGAGAGAACAAGCUUUAUAUUUGACAGAACCUAUUAAGUGGUAUUUAUUACUAAAUGUUUUGUUUUCUUGACACUGCGUGUGCUUGGAAAUAGCAAAGUCAUUAUUUAAAUCACACUGCAGGGCAGUGUUGCCAUCUGAGGGACACAUGGAGAGUUGCUCAAAAAUAGAAAACAUUAUGAUUGCUGAUAAAACAGUGGCAAAUUCAGGAAUGUCUGACACUGGAAAAAAAUGAUCCAUUUUUUAUCCCAGCGUAUUUAAUAGGACAAGUGCAAUGGUCAAACAGAAUUUAUUUUCCCCACAGCUGGUGCCGUGGUUUAGUGAUGGACGAGUAAUUCAGAAACCUGGGCUAUUAACUUAGUGACCCUGUGUUCCAAUUCCACCAUGGCAGCCGGAGAAAUUAAAAUUCAGUUUCAAAAUCUGGAAAUCAGCAAAGGUUGACUGUUGUUUUAAAAAAACUCGUUCAAUGAUUUAGAGAAGCAAAUUUGCCAUCAGUACCUGGUCUGGCCUUAAUGGAGCUCACCACACUGACUGCAGUAAUGGACAUAGGUGGUCCUCUUCCACUAGCUGCUAACAUACCAAUUCUGACGGCAUAACUUUAGACCAAAUGAACGCGAUAGCCCUCAGAUGCGAUUUUUUUUUUUGCAAAAAAAGGGUAUGCUUAUAUAGAAUUAAGAAAGGAUUACUUAUUACAUUUAGAUUAAUUCUGCCUCCUUGUGAGAAACUGCAACUUAGGGGAAAAGAAGCAUUCGACAGGUAACAAUUUAAAACUGAACAAUUUAUAUGGAAAGAAACCAGACAGUGGCUUCUGCAUCUUGAAAUUCAAAUAUUAUCUGCUACAUUUGUAAGAUGCAGGUAUCUUCUGCCUGUUUUUUUUCCAUCACUGCAAAAAGGCAUCCUAGCGUUAGCACUAUUCUCUUUCUGGACAAUACAAGUGUGGGCAUUAGACUUGCAUGAUACUGGGGAUUUGGCUUUAAUGCUUUAAUGUCCUCCACUGCUGUCUAGGCACUCACUGUCUAGGAUGAAGAAUUAUCACUUUCAGUCAGGGCUCGAAGAAGCUGCUGGUGGCUGUAGUGUCAUAAUUUAGAAAUAAACACACAUGCUAGAAACAAAAUCUUGUCAGGUGUUUAUGGCACAGCAGAUGGUAAAUGCUGAGCUGCUCAAAUCCCAGAGGGAAAUUUGAAACAACUGCCACAACUGUUUUGCAAUUUGUAUUUUGAUUUCGAGAUGUGUGCCUUGAAUUCAGUAGUAAGACGUCUACCGAGACUUGCCGGUUUCUAUAAAACUAAAUUAAACAUUUAUUAAUGAAAGAAAUAAUUUUAAACAUAUACAUAGGUCUACAAAUUACUACUAUGGUAACUCCUAGCUCCCCUAAAUAAUCUAAAUCCCAGUUACACCUCCGUUAAGGCAAAAGUAAAAACAAAAUAGGUUUUAACAGACCCAGGCAAAGCACAACAUACCCUAGACAAGGGUAUUCACAGUGAAUUCUUAGUUUUGGUUCCUACAGACAGCAGCUUGGUACAUAGAGGCAGGAGGCAUUUCACACUUGUUAGAUCUUAGAGUGCCUUCUUUCCUUACAUAUAACCUCAUCUUCUCCCUUUUUAAUGUAAAUGUCACUAUUUCAAUGUGUCUAACAAAAAUAAUUCAUAGUACCAAUUUUGUCAGUACACUUUGGGAAAAAUAAACAUACUGUUUGGCUU